AUGAUCAGGAAACGCUAUAUUCUUAAUGAAGUUGAGAUUAAAGACUAUUUGGUGAAAGGAGAGAGAUUUACAAAAUGGAAGGAGGACUCAACAAAAACGACACCUGUCACCAUGAAGAUAGAUCCAAAAGGAUACUUUCUUUACUGGGUAAACAACAGCAAGGAGGUGGAAAUAGUGGAUGUUGCCACCAUACGGGACACAAGGACUGGGAAAUAUGGAAAAAUACCCAAACAACGGAAAGUCCGCAAUGUGUUUGACGUAGAUGCACCUAACAGCAAUUACCUGUCCAAGAACUUUACGGUCGUGACUGGCCCGGACACAGUCAAUCUCACCUACUACAACUUCUUUGCAGCCAAGGACAAAGUCGCACAGAACUGGGCUGAAGAUAUUCUGGCCAUUGCCUACAACCCUCACCGGGCCAACAGCUGCAGACAAGUCUACCUGGACAAGCUGUACAUUCGCCUCACACUGCAAACCAACAAAGAUGGCAAGAUCCCUGUUAAGUACAUCUAUAAGAUGUUUCCAGCUGACAAGAAGAGGGUUGAGAGUGCACUGACAGCAGCAAAACUACCUAAAGGAAAGUUUGACUCCAUAAAGCUUGAUGUGUUCACUGAAGCUGCCUAUAAGACCUUCCUGACUACCCUGUGCCCCAGACCAGAGAUCUAUGAAAUCUUCAGCUCCUAUUCGAACAAGCCUUACAUGACCAAGGAGGUUUUUAGCAAGUUCCUGUAUGAAAAGCAGCGAGACUCCCGCCUAAAUGAGGAACUUUACCCUCCACUGAGACCUGAUCAGGUGAAAAACCUCAUCGACAAAUACGAGCCUGCCUCUGCUAAUUCUAGCAAAGGUCAGAUAAGUCCAGAGGGCCUGCUCUUCUUCCUAAUGGGACCUGAGACAACACCUCUAAUGCUGGACAAAAUGGCCCAAUGUCAUGACAUGACCCAACCACUUCCUCACUACUACAUCAAAUCCUCCCACAACACCUAUCUCACUGCCGGUCAGUUCUCUGGUGUUUCUUCUCCUGAGAUGUACCGCCAGUGCCUGCUCUCUGGAUGCCGCUGUCUGGAGCUGGACUGCUGGAAGGGCAAACCACCAGAUGAAGACCCAAUCAUUACCCAUGGCUUCACCAUGACAACUGAGAUUCUUUUCAGGGAUGUGAUUGAAGCUAUUGCAGAAAGUGCAUUCAAAACAUCCAAAUACCCAGUCGUUCUCUCAUUUGAGAACCAUGUUGACUCAGUCAAGCAGCAGGAGAAAAUGGCUAAUUACUGUAGAACAAUUUUUGGAGACAUGCUACUCACUGACACCUUGGAAAAGUAUCCUUUAAAAGCAGGCCAGCAGAUCCCAAGUCCUUCUGAGCUGAUGGGAAAAAUCUUGAUCAAAAACAAGAAGAACAGCACACCCGAAGCCAAACCAGCACCAAAGAAACCAGAACAGCCAACUGGUGAAGCCAAUCCAGAGGGCCAGGUUGAGAAUGCAGCACCAGGUGAAAAUGGUGAAAAUCCUGAGAACAACACUGAGGCUCAUCCUGAAGAACACGAUGACCACCAUGAUGACCAUGAACAUGAGGAGGAACAGGAUGAGGAGAAAAUGAAGAACUCAGAUGAAGGUACUGCUGGUCAAGAAGUAACAGCAUAUGAAGCUAUGUCUUCAAUCGUCAACUACAUUCAGCCCACCAAAUUCGUCUCCUUUGAAAAUUCAAAAAAAAAGAACAAAAGUUUUGCUAUCUCCUCAUUUGUGGAAACCAAAGCGGAAGCUCUGAUCAGCAAGAGUGCUGUGGAGUUUGUGGAAUAUAACAAGAGACAGAUGAGCCGAAUCUACCCAAAAGGAACACGUAUGGAUUCUUCCAACUACAACCCUCAGCCUUUCUGGAAUGCAGGCUGCCAGUUUGUAGCACUUAACUACCAGACCAUGGAUUUUCCCAUGCAACUGAACAUGGCGCUGUUUGAGUAUAAUGGACGGACAGGAUACCUGCUCAAACAUGAUGUGAUGCGGAGAAAUGACAAGACGUUUGACCCUUACACUGACCACAUUGACACCAGCGUGCCCAACACUCUGUCGAUUAAGAUCUACUCUGGCCAAUUCCUGUCUGAUAAAAAUGUGAAAACAGCAGUGGAGGUUGAGAUCAUUGGUUUGCCUGGAGACCCCAAGAAAAAAUUCCGCACCAAAUAUACCGCCACACCUAAUGCCAUCAACCCUGUGUGGACUGAGGAGCCUUUUGUGUUUGAGAAGAUUCUGUUGACUGAAUUGGCCUCUGUCAGAAUAGCAGCCUAUGAAGAAGGUGGAAAAUUCAUUGGGCACAGAAUUAUUCCCAUUGAUGCCAUACAGUCAGGAUUCCACCACAUCUGUCUGAGAAGUGAGAGCAAUAUGGCUCUGAUGCUUCCUGCUUUGUUUGUCUACAUUGAGGUGAAGGAUUAUAUCCCUGCUGCUUUUGCUGAUUUCACAGAUGCUCUGUUUAAUCCAGUGAAGACUUCAAAGCCUGCAAAGCAUGAUAGCACUGAUUAUGUAAGCCCAUAUGAGAUGCCUGCUGCUGCUGCUGCUGCUGCUACUGCUGCAGCUCCCGAGGCCACUGAGACACCAGCAGAGGGCGAUGCUAAUCCUUCAGAAACUAAGUCAGACGAUCAACCAGCGGCUCCCGCUGAGGAAGCUCCAGCAACAGAAGGGGCUCCUGAAGAAACCCCUGCACCUGCCGAGGCACCUGCAGCCACAGAACCGGAACCUGAAGCAGCCCCUGCACCUGCUGAGGAGCCUCCAGCUCCAGAAGCAGCACCUGAAGCUGCCCCUGCACCCACAGAGGAGCCUCCAGCCACAGAGGAAGCUGCAGAAGCAGCCCCUGCACCCACCGAGGCACCCCCAGCAACAGAGGAAGCUCCAGCAGCUGAGGAGGCCCCUGCACAGGCUGAAGAGGCAGAUUCUGGUGAGCCUGCCACCAAAGCAGAGGAACCUCCAAAAUCCGAAUCGGCUCCUACUGUGGAGCAGGACGCUAAACCUGAGGCUGCUGCAGACACUGCCGGUACAGCAAAUGGGGGUCUUUGUGGAGCUCUGGGUAGGCUGUGUAAAAUGUGAACCAGAGUAGAAUUAUUCAUAAUUCAAGGGUAAUGGCUUCAUUGGUGCACACACAAGUAGUUGUCACCUAUUAGAAAAUAAGCACCUUUGCACUUUUACUUGUAUAUUGUCUGUCAAAUAUAUAUUUAUGGCUAACGGUUAAAACAAAUCUGUACUUGCAUGAAUUAAAACUGUAUUUCAUUUCUUGACAAA